AUGAAUCCAAUGAGUGAAGAAGGUAAUCAGAAGCUGAUACAUCAAGGAAGCGGAACUAUUCCUGCUUUAGCGGAUGAAGAGCUGAUGGGAGAUGAUGAUGACUAUGAUGAUCUUUAUAGCGAUGUUAAUGUUGGUGAGAGCUUCUUCCAAACUCAUCAUCAGCCUCAGGCACCUGAUCAAGUCAGUGGAGGCCUUCAAGUUCAGAGUAGUAGUGUUUCUGAACCUAGAAUGGCACCUGUAUCUGAAGAGAAGUAUGGGGGGCAUAGUGGAAUCAAUGGACCAGAAACAAGGUCAGAUGCUUAUCCACAAGAAAAAGGGAUGAAUAGUAAUGUCCAAGUCAAUAAAGUUGUUCCACAAGGAGCAACAUCUAUUGUGUUAAACAGCCAUGGUUAUUCAGGGAAUGCUGUUAAUGCCCCUGAGCCACCACCUGUGCAUAAACCCUAUGGCGGUGCUCCUCAAGGAGCUCAGCAGAUUCCUGUUAGUCAGAUGAAUGUGAUUCCAAAUCCUAUUGUGAACAGAAGCCCCACGCAGCCGUUCGUUGUGGACAAUGGGAACACUAUGCUUUUCGUUGGAGAGCUGCAUUGGUGGACGACGGAUGCAGAGAUUGAGAGUGUUCUUUCUCAGUACGGAAGAGUCAAAGAGAUCAAGUUUUUCGACGAGAGAGUUAGUGGCAAAUCUAAAGGGUAUUGUCAGGUUGAGUUUUAUGAUUCAGCUGCUGCUGCUGCUUGCAAAGAAGGAAUGAAUGGGUUUGUUUUCAAUGGUAAAGCAUGUGUUGUAGCUUUUACUUCUCCUGAAACGUUGAAGCAGAUGGGAGCUAACUUCACUGGGAGGAACCAAGGACAGAACCAAAUUCAAAACAGAAGGCCUUUGAAUGAGGGAAUGGGAAGAGGUAACAACAACAACAUGAAUACUCAAAAUGGAGACAGUGGAAGAAACUACGGGAGAGGUGGAUUUGCUCGUGGUGGCCAAGGAAUGGGAAACCGUGGAGGUCAUUGGGGUGGUGCAGUGAGAGGUAGAGGGAUAAACAACAUGGCUAACGGUUCCGGGACUGGACCAUAUGGCCCAUCAUUUGGUGGUAUGAUGCAUCCACAGGGUAUGAUGGGAGCUGGUGGGUUUGAUCCUUCAUUCAUGGGUCGUGGCGGUGCUUAUGGAGGGUUCCCAGGUCUUGCUUACCCCGGGAUGCCUCAUUCUUAUCCCGGUGUCAAUGCAAUGGGAAUGGUUGGAGUUGCUCCUCAUGUUAACCCCGCCUUCUUUGGCACGGGAAUGGGAGCGAUGAAUGGAGGUCAUGGAGCAGCGAUGUGGAACGAAGCUAGUGGAGGAGGUGGUGGUGAAGAGGGUGGUUCUGAAUAUGGUGGAUAUGAAGAUGAAGACAAAGAGAGAGAAGAUAAGCCAUCACGAGAUAAAGAACGGGCAACCACUACAGAACGUGACCGGUCUGAGAGCAGUGGUGAUAGAAGUAGGCACAAGAGUCACCGUGAAGAGAAAGAUAGUCACCGUGAGUAUAAGCAGCACAGAGACCGUGAUUCUGAAGAGUUCGAUAGAGGACGACAAUCUUCUUCUAAAUCUCGAAGCAGAUCAAGAAUGGCGGAAGAUGAUUACCGGUCCAGGUCAAGAGAUGCAGACUAUGGAAAGAGAAGACGAAGAGAUUGAAAAAGAAACCUCUCUUACUGCAUCUAAACUAUACUUGUUUAAGUUACUUCUUAUAUUUGAUACAAUGUUUCUCUAAACAUAGCAUAUGACAUAUGUAUUUGUAUACUAUGUUUUUGUUAAAGAUUCUUCAUCUGUUAUUGCAAUCACACCAUGAUUAUAGAGUUUUUGC